AUGGCGAAAAGUGCUUUGGUAUGGCUUAACUAUGUGCAGAAGCCAACUCACUCCAUUAAGGGAUUUUCAAAUACCCUAGCUCUCUCUCUCUCUUCUUUGUUUCUCUCCCACGGCGACAACGUCGCUUCCGACGACAGUUGCUACGCCAUCCUGCCACGCCAGGCCACGGGACCAGUAGUAAAAGAAUUAGGAGGAGCCGACAACCACGCCUGGGCUAACUCAGCCACCUCAGGUCGUCACACCGCCGCGACGAGCUCGGAAAGUUCCGAGAGUUUUGAACUUUCGGUUACCUUUUUCGGCGAUUCCAGCUACCAAUUUCGUCGAUCCAGGUAUUGGCUAGUGGUUAAUCUCUCAAGACACCCACCUUUGUCGGCGGCGAACGGCGACUCGUGGGCCACUGUGUAG